GGGUGCUACUGCUGAAACAAGAUGGCUGUACGCGCAGGUGGAGCAGCGGCGGAGAGCUGAGGCAAUGCAGAGGAGGAAAAAGAGGGGGGCGAGGAUUUUUACUCCAGUGUGUGUGUGUGUGUGUGUGUGUGUAUGUCUUGUCCUGCCAAAAGAGCAACAGCCCCGAAGAGAGAGGGAGCAAGAGACAGAAACAGAGAAAGAGAGAGAAGAGACACGAGCGCUUCUGACAUGGAGCUGAUUUGUUUCCGUUGCCGUUGAAGGUAACGCUUUGGCGGUUUGAUAAUUCAGUCUUUUCCCGUAACCAAGAGACAAACAGACUCACCAAACAAAUCACGGAGCAGGCACUCAGUCAGUAGAGGACAGCCGGGGACGCUCACGCCGCUAUUAGAGAUGUCCCUGCUAUGUGUGGGAGUGAAGAAAGCCAAGCUGGAUGGACCCCAAGAGAAGUUCAACACUUAUGUGACUCUAAAGGUACAAAAUGUGAAGAGCACAACCAUUGCUGUCAGGGGCAACUUGCCCAGCUGGGAGCAAGACUUCAUGUUUGAAAUUAACCGCUUGGACCUGGGUCUGACAGUAGAGGUGUGGAACAAAGGGUUAAUCUGGGACACAAUGGUCGGUACUGUGUGGAUACCCCUCCGUAGCAUCCGACAGUCAAAUGAGGAGGGUCCAGGGGAGUGGCUCACAUUAGAUUCUCAGGUCAUCAUGGCCGAUAAUGAGAUCUGUGGCACCAAAGAUCCCACUCUCCACCUGGUGCUGCUCGACACACGCUUUGAACUGCCACUCGAUAUCCCUGAGGAUGAGGCACGGUACUGGGCCAAAAAACUGGAACAACUUAAUGCCAUGAGGGACCAAGAUUAUUCAUACCAGGAGGAACAGGAACGCCCUCUUCGUAUGCCAGGAACUCAGUGCUGUAACUGGAGUUUAUGGGGAGACCAGCAAAAUGAGGACCCAGACAGCGCCGUGGAUGACCGGGACAGUGACUACCGCAGUGAGACCAGUAACAGCAUCCCUCCUCCCUACUACAGCACAUCACAGCCCAACGCCUCUGUCCACCAGUAUCCCAUCAACCACCAACAGCGCAGCUCAAGAAGCUUCUCCUACCCACGCUCAACUAACAGCCAUGACCUCGACUACCACCACCAGAGGACUGUCAGUCCAACGGGGAGUUAUGCAUCGUCUGCAGAGCUGAGUCGGUGCAGCAGUCAGCUUAGCGAGGAGGACUAUGGUGGGGAGUACGGAGAGAGGGACCCCUAUGAUGAGAAUGACUCUUACCAUUCCUGCCACUCCUCUGUUAGCUAUAGUAAAGGCUCUCCAGACUGGGACCUCGAUGAAACCCAGGGGGCAUACAGCGAUGAGGGAGGUUACAGUAAAGACGGAGGAGAGGAGGCAGCUCUCUAUGAGGAGGAUGAUGGAGGACUGUAUGAGGGAGAAGAGGAGGGCCUCUAUGAGGACGAGGAAAUGAUGUACGAUGAUGAGGAUUUAUAUAAUUUGGAUGGAACCCUGAGCGAGGACAUGGAGCCUCCUUUCACCCCCACACCAACAUCAACUGCUCCUCCAGGUCUGGAUGUAGCUGGCUCCAGACCUCCACUGGAGAAACAGCCCUCAAUACACCAACAGCAGCCCCCUACUCAGCCUCCUAACCAAACAUCUAACCAGGCUCAUCCUCCUGGUAUGGCCCCAGGAGCACAGCCCCCAUCUGGUCAAGCAGCUACCCAACCACCUAAACAGCCCCCACCCCAAACACAGCCACAGCCUCAGCCAGCCCCCUCGGCCACAUCCUUCUUCUCAAUGGCCAAACCUUUAACAGCCGCUGUCACAGGUCUGGCAUCAACUUUCUUGUCUUCUGUUCCUACUGCUCAACCGGCCCAGUCUCACCCUUCAGCCUCAGCCAUGUCACAACAAUCUUCUGCAGCCAACUCUAUCCCCCCAUCCCACCCAGCCACCAUGGCUAACGCAGCCCCCCAGCCUCCAUCCGCCACCACAGGACCUUCCCCUCAGCAGACCCAGUCUUCAACACAGCCUCAGUCCCUGUCUGGUGGUCCUGCCACCACACAGUCAGCUGCCCCUGAAGACCAGGAGCUCCAGCUAGAUGAAGAACCUUGGUUAGAAGAAGAAACCAUGCUGGAGAAUGAAGUCCGGACACCUCCUGCCCAACCAGAGGAGAUGCUCCCCAUGGAGGAUAGGGAGGAGCAUAUUGAAAGGAGCAGGCCACCAACACCAGUGGAAGAAAUAGAGAUGCCACCUGAGAGUCCUGUUGUCAUAGAGGAACCCAAAGAGCCAGUUGACCCAGCAGUGAGAGCCAAAGAGAACUGGUUAAGACUCUACAACAAGGUUUUAGAGCAGCUUCGGGAGGCUCGAGGAGAGACCUCCAGCUCACUGUGGUUUGGUAAAGGAGGAAUGGGUGGAGCACUCUACAGUAUCGACAGCAUGCCUGACCUUCGCAAAAGGAAAGCCAUUCCUCUUGUUAGAGAUCUGGCCAUGUCUCUAGUGCAGAACUCUCGUAAGGCAGGGAUCACCUCUGCCAUGGCUUCCACCACUCUCGGCAAUGAGGAACUGAAGAGCCAUGUUUAUAAGAAGACACUGCAGGCUCUCAUCUACCCUAUCUCCUCCACUACUCCACAUAAUUUCGAGGUGUGGACAGCCACUACUCCAACCUACUGCUAUGAAUGUGAGGGCCUGCUCUGGGGUAUUGCUCGGCAAGGGAUGCGCUGCUCUGAGUGCGGAGUCAAAUGCCAUGAGAAGUGCCAGGAUCUGCUCAAUGCAGACUGUCUGCAGAGAGCUGCAGAAAAGAGCUCAAAGCAUGGAGCAGAGGACCGAACCCAAAACAUUAUCAUGGUCCUGAAGGACAGGAUGAAGAUCAGAGAGAGGAACAAGCCCGAGAUCUUUGAACUAAUCCAAGAAGUGUUUGGCACAGACAAAUCAACACAUGGCACACAUAUGAAACAAAUCAAACAGAGUGUGCUUGACGGGACCUCCAAGUGGUCCGCAAAGAUCAGCAUUACAGUGGUAUGUGCCCAGGGCCUGCAGGCUAAAGACAAAACAGGCUCUAGUGACCCAUAUGUCACUGUCCAAGUGGGGAAGACCAAAAAGAGGACCAAGACCAUUUAUGGCAACCUUAACCCUGUCUGGGAAGAAAACUUCCAUUUUGAAUGCCACAACUCCUCAGACCGCAUCAAGGUUCGUGUUUGGGAUGAGGAUGACGACAUAAAAUCUCGUGUGAAACAGAGGUUUAAACGUGAGAGCGAUGACUUCCUGGGUCAAACAAUCAUUGAAGUCCGCACUCUCAGUGGAGAGAUGGACGUCUGGUACAACCUGGACAAGCGAACUGAUAAGUCUGCAGUGUCAGGAGCCAUUCGGAUGCACAUAAGUGUGGAGAUUAAAGGAGAGGAGACAGUUGCUCCUUACCAUGUCCAGUACACAUGUCUACACGAGCAUCUUUUCCAGUACACCACUGAGGAGCAGAAUGGCGGUGUAGUAAAGAUUCCUGACGCCAAAGGGGACGAUGCAUGGAAGGUGUACUUUGAGGAGACAGCUCAGGAGAUAGUGGAUGAAUUUGCCAUGCGAUAUGGAGUAGAGUCCAUCUACCAGGCCAUGACCCACUUUGCCUGCUUGUCGUCCAAGUACAUGUGCCCAGGAGUGCCAGCUGUGAUGAGCACCCUACUUGCCAACAUCAAUGCUUACUACGCCCAUACAACGCAAUCCUCCAACAAUGUUUCUGCUUCAGACAGAUUUGCUGCAUCCAACUUUGGUAAGGAGAGGUUUGUCAAAUUACUGGAUCAGCUGCACAAUUCCCUGAGGAUCGACCUCUCCAUGUACCGGAAUAACUUCCCAGCCAGCAGUCCUGAAAGACUACAAGAUCUCAAGUCUACUGUUGACCUGUUGACAAGCAUAACUUUCUUCAGGAUGAAGGUUCAGGAGCUGCAGAGUCCCCCCAGGGCGAGCCAGGUGGUGAAAGACUGCGUCAAAGCCUGUCUCAACUCCACCUAUGAGUACAUUUUCAACAACUGCCACGACCUCUACAACAGGGAAUACCAGACGGACCCUUCAAAGGCUGUCCCUCCAGAUGAGCAGGGUCCAAGCACUAAAAACUUAGAUUUCUGGUCCAAACUCAUCACCCUCAUUGUGUCCAUCAUAGAAGAGGACAAAAACUCAUACACUCCAUGUCUCAAUCAGUUUCCUCAGGAACUGAAUGUCGGCAAGAUCAGCGCUGAGGUGAUGUGGAAUAUGUUUGCACAAGAUAUGAAGUAUGCUAUGGAGGAACAUGAGAAGCAACGCCUAUGUAAAAGCGCAGAUUAUAUGAACUUGCACUUCAAGGUGAAGUGGUUGUAUAAUGAAUACUGCAAGGAGCUAACCACUUUCCAGAAGCAUGUGCCUGAAUAUCCAGCCUGGUUUGAACCAUUUGUCAUCAUGUGGUUGGAUGAAAAUGAGGAAGUGUCCAGAGAUUUUCUCCACGGAGCCCUGGAGAGGGACAAAAAAGACGGGUUCCAGGUCACAUCAGAACACGCUUUGUUCUCCUGUUCAGUGGUGGACGUGUUCUCUCAGCUCAACCAGAGCUUUGAAAUCAUUCGCAAGCUGGAGUGUCCUGACCCUCAAAUUGUUGGCAACUACAUGAAGAGAUUCGCUAAGACCAUUGGCAAUGUUCUGCUGUCGUAUGCUGACAUCAUUGCAAAGGACUUUCCAAAUCAUGUCAAGAAGGAGAAAGUGCCGUGCAUCAUCAUCAAUAACAUCCAGCAGCUCAGAGUCCAACUGGAAAAGAUGUUUGAGGCCAUGGGAGGCAAAGAUCUCAAUGUAGAGGCUAGUGAUUUCCUUAAGGAGCUGCAGAACAAACUCAAUAGCGUCAUGGAUGACCUGAGCCGAAUCUUUGCUGUCAGCUUCCAGCCCCAGAUUGAGGACAAUGUGCGGCAGAUGGGAGACAUCUUGGCACAGGUCAAAGGUCAGACUGUUCCAGCCAAUGGUAGUGUGGUUCAGGAGGCAGACAAUGUUCUGCAGCCCAUCAUGGACUUCCUGGACAGCAAUCUGUCGCUGUUUGCAAAGAUCUGUGAAAAGACCGUCCUGAAGCGAGUACUGAAGGAGCUGUGGAAGCUGGUGAUGAAUACAAUGGAGAAAACAAUUGUGCUUCCAACUCUCACUGACCAGACGGUCAUUCAGGGCACUCAGAUGAUCUUCAAUGCUGCUAAAGAGUUGGGCCAACUCUCCAAACUCAAGGAGCACAUGGGCAGAGAGGAGGCCAAGGCUCUGACUCCAAAACAGUGUGCAGUAAUAGAGCUGGCACUGGACACUAUUAAGCAAUACUUCCAUGCCGGCGGUGUCGGCCUGAAGAAAACAUUCUUGGAAAAAAGCCCAGAUCUGCAGUCUCUGCGCUACGCUUUGUCUCUGUACACCCAGGCAACAGACAAGCUCAUCAGGAAGUUUGUCCUUUCUCAGAACGCUCAGGUGCAUGGAGGGAAAGGGGUCAGAUACACGGCAAAUGAAGACACGCCGCCAGAGAAACCAUCUGGAGUGGAUGCGGUUGGCGAGGUGGUCAUGCACGUGGAUAUCUUACCCCAACCCAACGGAGAACACAAGAUCAGUGUGAAAGUGGUGGCGGCAAAUGACCUGAAAUGGAAGGCGCAGGGUUUCCGUCCUUUCGUGGAGGUCUACAUCAUCGGUCCUCACCUCAGUGAUAAGAAGAGGAAAUUUGCCACAAAGUCUAAAAAUAACAGCUGGUCGCCAAAGUUCAAUGAGAGCUUCCAGUAUUCUCUGGGCACUGAGGUCGGUCCAGAAAGCUAUGAGCUGCAGGUGUGUGUGAAGGACUACUGCUUUGCCAGGGAGGACCGUACCGUGGGCAUGGCCGUUCUGCAGGUGAAGGACAUAGCCAACAAAAACAGUGUCACCUGCUGGCUGCCGCUGGGCAGACGCGUCCACAUGGAUGAGACGGGCCUGACCGUGCUGCGAAUCCUGUCUCAGCGCAACAACGACGACGUGGCCAAGGAGUUUGUCAAGCUCAAGUCGGACCAGCGCUCGGCUGAGGAGGGCCGCAGCUGAAGGAAGUCACAUGUGCACAAAAACACAAGAGACUUACCUGACACACAUAGUAUUAUACACACAUAUAGUUCUCAUACCUACAGAGAUAAACAACCAUGUGCAAUACAUAAGCACACACAUGAAAAUGCUCUCUUGUACAUAUAUCUGCAUACAUUGCAAUGUUAUCAAUGCAAAAUGAAUAAAUAUGUUUAUAAAAGUUCAUAUUUAAUUUUAAAUAUUUGGACAGUUGCCCUAAUCAGACCUCUAGGCUUUAAGUGAGCCUCACAUUAGCAAGCACUUCAAUCACUCACUUAAUCUUUCCUAUAAGACGUCACACCUUUUAUAUGCUGUACAUUUAGAUGUGAUAUAAUGCGACGCAGAACAACAACAAAAACCAUGUGAAUAGUUUGAGAACGACCACUUUGCACUUUUGCUUCUCUGUGUCUUCAGGAGAGCAGUCUUUGCCUAGCUAUGCUCUGUCCGUCCGUCCGCUUGCCUGCCUGACUGUGUGUCGUUCUUUCAGUCCGUUGUUCUUUCCCUCCCCCCCUCCCGUCGUUUGCUCUGCGUAGUCUUCCCACGACGUGAUGUGUUGUGUUCAGUCGAAGUUAAGGCGCAGAUCUAAGAUCAGUGUCCGAACGCCCAAAAUGUCCAGUAGAAGAACCACAGCACUGACCUUAGAUCAGUGUUCAGGGGCAACAUCUCUGCUCGUCUGUCCUGUUAUGAACGUUCUUGCAUGUUGACCCCAGGAACACUGUGACAUACUUUGCUGUAACCAUAGCAACCGUUCCCCUCUCCCGUAAAAAAAGGGUGCCUCCAGUAUUUUACCAGUAAGCAUGGUGCACAUAACCCUGGUACAGUUAUUACUUAACUCAUCUUCAUUUUCAGACUAAAGAAAAAAUGCUGAGACAUAGUCACGUGACUUGAAGGAAGAAAAUGAGGCCACAACGUGCAUUUUUUAAAAAACGUUUCUUGCUUCAUAUCACUACAGCAGAGCAAUACCCCGGAGUAUGAGAUAUCCACACCCUUAGAGUACACAUUAACUUCACAAAGGGCUACAGGAUCAGUGGACUGGGAUGUCAGUUUACACACUAAUACAUGCUGUCCAUGCUUCUGUUGGCAACUUGUCCACCAAGUUCCCAUCCAGCUGUUCUGCCAUAGAGACACCACCACACCGCAGACACACUAGAGUUUAGAAAGUCUGUCACGAGUAACACUGUGGAGGAACUUCAAAUAAAUCCACAGCCAGAAGUGGACACACGAUGCAGGCCGCUAAAUAAACGACAGCCCAGUGGAGUGUUUUCCUCCUGCACACGUUAUCUAAACCCAUCUUCUAAAGGCAAUAGUGGUUUGUACGUUCACGUAACCAUGUGGUUUUUGUGAACAACCCCUCUGUGAACACUGCUCUGUCUUUUGUUAUUGUGUGCGUGCAUGUGUGUGAAGGUGUGUGUGUUUGUGGGUUGAUUGUCAUAGCUGCAAAAUCAGGCUCUAAGAUUAUGAGCAAUAUAUUGUACCUACAUACCCAAAAUGUAUGCGCUGUUAAUAACAAGAGUAGAAACUGCAAUAUCCAGAUCCAAGGAAUGGGAAACUUAUGAUUCUUUUUUUUUUAAAUCACAAAGAUAUUUUUGUUAUGGACUCAUAAAAUCCCCAUUCCCGCUAGAAGUGUGUAAGCGUUUUAUCAGAUGCGUGGGACAUAUUUUGGAAUAAUGGUUGAAAAAAAAAAAUAACAAAAAAUAAGGGAAGGGUUUUUGUCCUUGAAUUAUAUUUGCUUUUAGAAGGACCAAAUCUGCACGAACCAGAGCUCAUUUUUGUUUGAUUCCAAGAAAAAAAAAAAGCCAUCAGAGUCACCGCCAAGCAUUUAUUUAAGUAUUAGUUUCAGUCUUGCUGUCAUGUUAUGUGUUGAUGAAUCCCUUUAGCUUUCACUGCAAAAAGUGAGCAAAAACUCAUAGUCCAGAUCGUGUCGUAGUCUCUUUGUGAAAUCCAAAAUGAUGUCAGUGACAGGUGUAAGCAGGCGGAGGUAACGCUGCAGGGCGACGUGUGGAGCUCCUGUACACUAUACGACACCAGGCAUCAUCACUGCUGGCCUGUCACAUGUUGUCCUUACUAAAUACUGCUGAAUUUUACCAAAAAAAACAUGUUCUGAAUGUUAUUUAUCCUCAGCAGAGCCUUCUCUCUAGUUCAAGGGAUAGUUCGAACCAGAGCCACAACUAACUAGGAAAACGCCAACACAUGCCUUUAAUUUAGGCGUCCAAAUUCCACUUAACUUUAUUUUUGUUUCAUCCAUUUUAUCAGUCCUGCUUGUUUUUUUUUUGUUUGUUUGUUUGUUUUUUUUAAGUGAAAGCCUUGUUGUGUGUCGUUGCCACUUUUGACACACAGUGCUGUUAACUUAUUUUCAUGUUAUUAAAGUAAUCCCAGGGCUCAAGACAAAAACUUGACAUGUCAGGUUUUAGCAGAAAAAAAAAAACCCAUAGAAUAACAUCAUGGCGUGUUUUUGAUCAUCCAGUACGGGGCUUGUUGGUUGCCUGCUUUCAUGUAUGUAAGCAUAUAGACACACACACACACUCAUGACACACCGACACACAUCAAAACACCAAUCUAUGCUCAAGCACAAAAGGGCACAUGUAAGAUGACACACAUGCAUGCAUGCACGCUGACACAACUCUGUGGAGACCAAUGAUGCCCACCCUGUGAAUAGAGUCAACUACAAUUGCAUGAUGGGAAACUUAACUGUGCCAGCACGUGUCUCUUUGAUGUUACUUGACAUAUUCUUUCCUUUGCUUUUCAAUUUCCAAAGCUAUGUAAUGAAAACUCAUCCUUUUUCUUUUUAAACGGCUUGUGAAUACGUCAUCUGUAACCAAUAUGAAUGUAGUGUGAACACAGAAUUCGCAUGAGAGAAUUAUUUUCUACUGAGGAUGUUUCUAAUUUGUUUCUUAUCAUUAUUGAUUGUUCUUUAAUGAGGAUGAAGUGGACCUGGAAUGCAGCCUGACUGUGAUCUGCUUCCUAUUAAAAGGACAUUUGUGUCACAACAUGUCGA